UAUACUACAAUGUAGGCUACUUUAGAAAAUACUUUUUAUGAGGGUUUAUAUUCUACAAUAUUGCCAUUACAGACAUCAAACAUUUCCAAAGUUAAUGAAAGCGUGUUUGAAAGUUCUUAAAAUCACAUUUGCAGCAUUUAAAGGCUUUCUAUCAUUGAGCUGUGGUGAUAUGUUGAGUCUUUGUGAGUCUCUGGUCUCAUGCUGGAGUCACAAGUUUCUCCUGUGCUGGGCGUUUCUUAUUUCAAUCUCUCUGCGACUCAUAAGGGUCCAUGUUUGGCUUCAUCUCACAGAACCAUGCAGAACCAUCACCCAAAGGAACACCUGUAUAAAGUUCUGGUGAUAGGAGAUCUGGGUGUGGGGAAAACCAGCAUCAUUAAACGUUACGUGCACCAGAACUUCUCCGCCAACUACAGAGCGACGAUCGGCGUGGAUUUCGCGCUUAAAGUCCUGAACCUCGAGCACGAGACCGUCCGACUGCAGCUAUGGGACAUCGCCGGUCAGGAGCGUUUCGGGAACAUGACACGAGUGUAUUAUCGAGAGGCUACGGGGGCCUUCAUUGUUUUCGAUGUCUCGCGACCAUCGACGUUUGAGGCGGUGAAGAAAUGGAAGGAAGAUCUCGAUGCUAAGCUGAGUUUAAACAACGGCAAACGCGUGGCUGCCGUUUUGCUCGCCAACAAGUGCGACGAGGGCAGAGACGUCCUGAACAACAACGGCAUCAGCAUGGACCAGUUCUGCCAGGAGAAUGGAUUCGUAGGGUGGUUCGAAACUUCGGCUAAGGAGAAUAUUAAUAUAGACGAAGCGGCACACUGUCUGGUGGAGCACAUAAUAGCUAACGAGAAAGAUGUGCUACACGCGGAGGUUUCAGACACCAUCUCACCGCAGCAGGAGUCCAACCACAGAGGAACCUGCUCGGCGUGCUUCACAUCCUAAGGGAGACAAACACACACACACGUCCAACCACUGUGGGCCAGCAUCCCAAAAAAACAUUUCUUGGUUCAAACUCUUUGGUUUCAUCUCAAAUCUCUUCUCUCAUUGUCUCGUUCCAUUUCGUCUCGUCUCUUCAUUUUCUGUUAUCUUAUUCUGUCUCAUUUUAUUAUCUUGUUUCAACUUAUCUCAUUUCCUCUUUUCUCGUCCUAUUUUCGUUUAUCUUCUUCGUCUUACGCUGAAGACCCUACCACCCCUCCGUUUCCAUGGUAACAGACUUAUCGAAUACUAUGCAGAACAGAAAAUAUUUUAAGAGGAAAAAGAAAGUUGUGAGAAUUCUGUCAGCCACUUUCUCCGUAACUAAUAUAUAUGAGGAUCUCUUGCUGUAUCAUUAAAAUGCAAAAAAGAGAAAUGGCAAAAAAAAAAAAUUGUCACUUAUGUUCCUACUGUUAUGCUGUUUCUUCAUAUUCUCUACUCUUUAUUUUUAUGUAGAAAGUAUGCACAUCAGGCAAAAAUAAGUUGUGUGGAUCGAACCUCAAUAUUUUCCAGCAUUUUCCACAAAACCUGCCAAAAGUCAUGCUGCUCAUGAAUGAUAAAUGUAUGUAUUUCAUAAUGCAGUUGAUUUGGUGACACUAAAUGUUUUCCACAUAUUUCAGAUUUUCACUUUGUUUUGGAUUGUUUGUUGUUUUUUUAAUACUUCAAUACUAUGAACUGGCAACAUUUUUAUUUAUCGUGUGUCUGUAAGACAGUAGGUGAAAUAUUUUCAUAAGCUCAUAAGAUCUUGUAAAUACCCCUGUAUUUACCCAAACAGUAGAAUGACUCGGAGAUAAUAAACACAAUCUAAUAAAGUCUGUGCCUUUCGUUUCAUACACUAUUCAAAAAAGAUAAAGCAAGAGGUCCUGUAGUCUGGUGUCAGGUUAUUGUAUAACAUGAUUGUUUCGCUUUGUUUUUAAUUUAGGUUGUUUAUGAGCACUUCUCGAAAAAUAAA